AUGAAUACUGAGGCCAGGGCAAGCAGGAUAUGUACGAAAGGAACUUUUUCACGAUUGGACACGCCCACAAAACACCGUGGUAUUCUUCCGAUCACAUGUCCAAACGGUAACGCAACACAUAAUAACAGGAAAUGUACCGGGACACGCGACACAACUACACCCACAGCAAGGAAUCUUCCAAUCGUCACUUCUCCCUCAGGGAACGACAUCAAAAAACGAGUUUACGUUAAUUCCAGCGCGCUCUCACGAUCCGUACAUCGUGGCGCUGGCAUCAGAGGCCAACCACAUAGAAAAGGGCAUGUGGACCCGCACAACAUGGGAACAACGGGGUUCCAUACUACGAAAAUUCAUACAGUUUACAGUGCAGAAAAACCUAGACACGACAGAAGAAAAUACUCCGCUACUUAUCGUAAGUUUGCAAUUGGUAAAAACCAGCGCGAUUCAAUAUACGCGCACACUGAUCGGCAUGAUGGCGUCAGGGAGAACGACCACUCAAAUGUUUUUAAUGGGUUGGCAAAAAACGGCAGCACAGGACCCGUUAAAACAAGCACGUCCAAUGUGAAGAUGGGAAUUGGAUAUGACAAGCGAUGCUCUUACAAAGGAAAGAAAAAGAGUGGCUUUAAGACUGGCAUGAGUUACAGCGAGUCGAUGGGGAGAAAUAACACAACUCCAAAAACAAAAUUUCGUACCGCACGAUCAAGAUCCAGAUGCCAUAAUAGUGGAUUGGGGGUUUUACCAAAAACCCUCAAGAGCGACCCCCACAGGGCAGCGAGGUAUGCAGUCAUCGGAGAGGACGACGCACGACGGGUAAAAACAGUCGAGAAAGAGAUGGAGGGAGACGAAAAAUUUAAUGACAAUAACCACAAAAGAGAUGGAAAAUAUUCUUCGCCCCUACGGAAUGACAGCUCACUCCAUAAAGAGAGGAGCAUUGGCCCACGCCGCGGCAGAAGUGGUCGAACACAAUCUCGAUCCACGAUUGCUAACUCAGCUGGGGAAACAUGCCGACCCCAUGGAACUCUCACGCAGCACGGUACGAUAUCUAGGCCAUUGGGCCGCAACAAUAAACAAGCCAGCACACCUGACAUCACUGAUGUAAGCAAUUUGGAAAAAUGGGCAACAGCCAGCCGGAGAUUACCACAACAUCCUGAACAAGGCAUUAACAACCCUUUUAAAUGA